AUGGUGGUUGAAGCCAAAACCAAAACCAGCAGCGAAGACCGAAUCGCCCGACAUUCUCGUAUCCGUAAGAAGGAGGUAGCGAAGAAAGUUGGGGAAGUUAUAGCGAAAUCUUGCUUGGAGAAAGGGAUCACAAAGGUAGCCUUUGACCGUGGUGGUUAUCCUUACCAUGGACGCAUUGAGGCUCUUGCCGCUGCAGCUCGCGAACACGGUCUUCAGUUUUAA